UACCUCCCCAACAAACACCUCAUCAUAUUUGUUGCUCGUGUCUUUAAUAUAACUUGCAAAUUAAAAUUGAGAAGCAAAUAAAACGCACAAGAGGAGGAGUUUGCAGGGACAUGAAGCCUCUCUUCCUCUUCCUGAUCUCCUUUCUCCUCCGACUACUAAUCUCAUCCCACGCCCAAAUCCAGCCUUCUUAUGAAGUAAACAAUCCACAGUACAACUGCGCCUCAACGAUCAAUGGCUCCACCACGCAAGGCUACGCCUGCGAUGGAGCUCAGCGCGGUUGUGAUACCUACCUCACCUUCCGUUCCCAAACUAAAUAUCAAACACCGUCUCAGAUAUCCUCCCUCCUCAACGUCAAUCCAUCCUCAAUCCUGAACAACAUCCCUGAAAACUCUUCGUUAAUCCCUAUCGACGAGUUAGUGAUCAUCCCCACAACUUGCUCUUGUACUGGCAACUACUCCCAACACAACGCUACCUACACUAUCCAAACCACCGGUGAGACUUAUUUUUCCAUCGCGAACGGUACAUACCAAGGGCUGUCCACUUGUCAAGCAAUCAUGGCUCAGAACCCGUACAAUCCUCUAGAGUUGGUUCAUGGGAUGAAGAUCAACGUCCCCUUGAGGUGCGCUUGCCCGACUACGGAUCAGAUAACUGAGUUUGGCGUCAAGUAUCUGCUGACUUAUUUUGUUACCUGGGGGGAUGGUGUCCGCAGCAUUGCUCGAAAGUUUAAUUCCAGCUACCAGUCUGUUCUGGAUGCUAACGGGUUGUCCAGUGGUGAUGUUAUUUAUCCAUUUACGACGCUUUUGAUACCCAUUGACGCUGAGCCUACUAAGGUCCAAGUACAGAGCCUCCAGCCUCCUCCACUUUCACCGGAGCCUCCAGUCUCCAGGGGUUCUCGCAAAAAAUGGAUAUACGUCGGCGUUGCAUCUGGAGCUGUUUUCCUAGUCUCUACUAGCAUUCUUUCUUUGUACUUCUGUUGUUUUCGCAACGGCGAAAACCCAAUAUUUAAGCAAGGUGUCCGGCGCUUCUUCUUCAAAAACCAAUCAAACAAUGGAGACAUGGAAAAUGACAUAGAUCUGCCUUUAUUUGAUUUUGAUACAAUAGCAGUCGCAACUGACAAUUUUUCGCAAGGAAACAAACUUGGAGAGGGUGGAUUCGGUCCUGUUUACAAGGGUAAGCUUGGAGAGGAUGAAGAGAUUGCUGUAAAAAGACUUUCUAGGGCUUCACAACAAGGUGUCGAUGAGUUCAAGAAUGAGAUUGUGCUUAUUGCAAAACUUCAGCAUAGAAAUCUUGUUCGCCUUCUUGGUGGCUGCAUUCAAGGAGAGGAGAGGAUGUUAAUAUAUGAGUUCAUGCCCAACAGUAGCUUGGAUACUUUCCUGUUCGGGAAAGUAGAAGGCACUUACUUGGACUGGCAGACUCGAUAUCAAAUUAUCAUAGGAAUUACUCGAGGACUCGUAUAUCUUCACCAUGACUCAAGAUUUAGAAUUAUUCAUAGAGAUCUCAAAGCUAGCAACAUUCUUCUUGAUAAGAACAUGAAUCCCAAAAUCUCGGACUUUGGUAUGGCCAGAAUUUUCAUAGGAGAUGAGACAGACUUUAAUACAAGAAAAGUCGUGGGUACAUAUGGUUACAUGUCUCCUGAGUAUGCACUGGAGGGCAUCUUCUCCUUGAAAUCUGAUGUUUUUAGCUUCGGAGUCCUAAUACUAGAGAUCAUAAGCGGAAAGAGGAACAGAGGAGUUUAUGCCUUCUCUUCCCACUUAAACCUUGUCGCCCAUGUGUGGAGUUUAUGGAAUGAGGACCAAAGCUUGCAACUAGUCGAUGAGUUGAUCAUCCAUUCAUUUACAAUGAACGAAGUCUUAAAAUGUAUUAAAAUAGGUUUAUUAUGUGUGCAAGAAAAUCCAGAUGAUAGACCACUAAUGUGGUCGGUAAUCCAAAUGCUGGGCAGCGAUAUAGCAUCACUGCCACAACCUAAGCAGCCUGGUUUUGUGUCAAGAAUAGGUCCUGUUGAAAUCAACCAGUCUGCAAGUAAAAACAAAUCAUGUACAUCGAAUAGCAUGAGUCUUACUAUGUUGGAAGGUCGAUGACUUUGAAUGAUAU